AUGACGCAGUCAUACGGGGACCUUUUUGGGGUUCCACUUGAGAACACAAGCGUCACCAUAUAUGAUUUAAACAUCGAUUUAACCGUAAACCAUCGAAUAUUAUUGAUUUCCGACUGCCAUAUCUUCAAUAAUCCUCAAUUAUUCUUAACCGAACUUCAAAGUUUAAUUAACAAAGAAAAUCCCACAGAUCUUUUCAUUUUAGGAGAUUUAAUCAACGGAAAUUGGGUUCAAGGCUCAAGAGUUCUUUUUCAAUUAAUGCAGCGCUUCCAGCAAUUGAAAAUUUCCGUUUUUAUUAUUGGUGGUAACCAUGAUAGAUACUAUGUAGAAGAAAAUUCAUCAAUUCCUGGGGUUACUUUAGUUCGUGAUCUUUGUAUGAGAUUAUCUCUUCCACAAGAAGGCAUUUCACAUCCAUUAAAUAUUUACUUUGCUCAUGACUUAUGCAAUAACUUCAGAGUUAGAGAUAAACACGCAUUUUCAUUUUUUGAAUGGAUCAAAAGUGGCGUUGAAAAGAUUCAAAAGGAAGAUUGGCUUAUAUGUGGUCAUGCUCAUACAAGUUUGCUCUCUCGAGAUGUUCGAAUUGCUUGCAUUGGACAAUAUUCUCCAGAAAACAACAGCUACGGAUACUCUAUAUUAGAAAUUAUUGAUUCAAAAGCUAAAUUGUCAGAAAAAGUUCUUCUUCGAUAA